AUGAAUAUUUUAAGAAAAUCUAAACCUGGCAUUAGCUAUUCCCAGAUUGCUAAUUCACAAGAAAAUCCCUCAGAUUCUGAUAGAGCACAAAGGAAAAAGAAGAAGCUGCAUUUCCAUCGACCAAAAUUGAGAUCGAAUUCGUCCAACGAACAACUUGCACCUAAUGAUACGUAUCAAGCAAGACCAAGAUCGAAUUCGUUCGAUCCAGAAAGGGCUAGAUCAGCUUCAUUUGCAGAAGUUCAAGCUAGACUACAGUCGCUUAAGACGAAACAUGUUCCUAAAACUAUGGAUCAAAUAGCAGAGAGAGGAGAAAAUAUACAAAAAGUCCAAAUGCAGGCGGAAAAAUUAAGUGAGGGUGCAUCUAUUUUUCAGAAAAAUACUAAACAAAUAAGUAAUAAGGCGUGGUGGAAUAAAGUUUGCAGUUGUUGUUUAUGUGUUUUCAUGAGACUAUGUUCAAAUGCUGUUUAA